CGCUGCGCCAAUCUCCCUCGCGGAAGCUUUGGCACCUUGACCAGAUCGACUAUUCCCUCUACGAAACAUGCUUGCGCCGUACUAAGAUCCCCAAUUACUUCGUCGAAGAGUCCAGCGACUGGGAGGAGCGCAUCGCCAAAAAGAAAAAAAAAACACAAAAAAACAAAUAACAGGAAACCAAUCACCUCCUGUUUGUGUCAAUGAGUUCCUAAGCCAUUGCCCUCCCGGUUCUAAUGCUACAAACCCCGCUCUUUCGGCUCCACGUUUGUCACACAUCCCAACAUAGCUAAGCAUCAGAUACUAUGAUGCUGUCCUCAACCGAUCCAGGCUCUGGCCAUGAGAGCAUUCGGAGGGAGAACGCAGCGGCUGCUUUCACAGGCUCUUCGGCGCAAGCCUCAGACCGCCCCGAUCGCAAAACAACGGUGCCGAAAGUAUCCAACAACAAUGCGCAAAUUUUUCUCAAUGGCUUGGAAGCGGACUUCAAGCUCAAACACUUGGGUCUUCUUGGAGUGCUGGUGUGGUUUCUGUUCCUGCACGUCGUGGGGAUAUUCUACUUCACCAAGGGAUUCUUGCUGACUCGAAUGGUUCUGGAAAACAAGUCUUCCUGCGAUGUGCUUCCCUUCGCCGAUACAAACACUAAGAAAGUCGACGGGUGUUGGCAUAAGAAGUCGUUUGACAAAGCUGUGGUCCUCAUCAUCGACGCCUUGAGAUAUGAUUUCACAGUUCCCUUCCCCUCGGAUGUAGACUCCGGAUCAGAGCCUCUGUUCUAUAACAAUUUACCCGUUCUAUACGAGACAGCGGUGAAUACGCCGGAAAAUGCAUUUCUGCUGCCCUUCAUCGCCGACCCGCCGACAACCACGCUACAACGGCUGAAAGGCUUGACCACUGGAACACUACCUACCUUCGUGGAUGCUGGCUCCAACUUUGCCGGUACGGCCAUUGAUGAAGAUAAUGUUGUCGCUCAGCUGCGCGCCGCCGGGAAGACUCUGGUGCAUUUGGGUGACAAUACAUGGCAGUCACUUUUUCCUGACUACUUCGAUGUGAAUAUGACACGUCCCUAUGAUUCGUUCAAUGUGUGGGAUCUGCACACUGUGGACAAUGGGGUGACGGAGCAUCUUCUACCUCUUCUGCAUCCGGCAAAUGCUACGAAAUGGGACGUCGUAUUCGGGCACUACCUUGGAGUCGACCAUGCGGGCCACCGCUAUGGACCCAAUCACCCCGCAAUGGCCGCGAAGCUUCAACAGAUGGACAGGCUGAUCCGCGAUGUGAUCGCAAAACUGGACGACAAGACGCUUCUGGUAGUCAUGGGAGACCACGGCAUGGAUUCCAAGGGCGACCACGGCGGCGAGUCGGAUGAUGAGGUGAACGCUGCUUUGUGGAUGUAUUCUAAGAAGGGCGUCUUUGGCCGUACCAGCGAAGACAGUAGGAAGCCGCCUGCCACGGCCAGCGACCGGUCUAUUCCACAAGUGGACCUUGUGCCUACACUGUCUCUUCUUCUCGGCAUACCGAUUCCUUUCAACAAUCUCGGUUCCCCCAUCGAGGAAGCAUUUGUUGGCUCCACUGGCAAGGAUUGGAAGAACCUAGUGACGGUCAACCGUCUGGCUUCGGCUCAGAUCAAACGUUACCAGCAGGAGUACGCAACAGUACGCGGAGCGGAGGAAGGAAAUGGCCUUCAGUCGAUCGAGUUGUGGGAGGCAGCAGAAAAUGACUGGCAGAAUAUCCCAUGGGUCGGCAGUUCCAAUCCUGCCACCCUGCGUCCGGUCUAUGACUCGUAUCGACAAUACCAGCGGAAUACCCUCCAGGUCUGUCGCAGCCUAUGGGCUAAAUUUGACGAGUGGAGCAUGGCCCAGGGAAUCGCCAUUUUGUUUUCCGCCAUCGUCUUGCUGGUGUUCUAUGCACGUGGCAUCAGGACCCAGCAGACAGAGCUAAACACCAUUCUGCUUACUGCCAUUGCAGCAGGCACCGGCUUGGGUGCUAUUGCUGGCGCGUUGCCGGUGCUUCUCGGAGUGGUAGCCGGUCCGCUGGUCGAGAAAUCCGUCUUGCUGGCGGCCACCGGAGGCAUUCUGAGCGCCUCAUGGUCAUUAUUCUCCCAGCCCAGGCAGCUGACCGUGCCUCUACCCAAGACAUUAUGGGGUUGGCUGGCUGUGCUCUUCACCGUCGCACAGUCUGUGGGCUUCGCCUCCAACUCCUACACCAUCUGGGAAGAUGAAAUCCUGCUAUUCUUCAUCUCAACUUUCGGUGUUCUGGCUGGCAUUUCUUCGAUGCGUCAGAAACUGACCGCCGACCGGGUCUUGGGCGUUUACCACUCGAUUCUGUUUGUCAUCUUGGGUAGAGUGGCGUCUAUGUCGCGCCUGUGUCGCGAAGAGCAGAUGCCCUUUUGCCGGUCCACAUACUAUGCUUCGGCGACAUCCUCGACUUCCGCCCCUUGGCAACUCAUCAUUCCCUUGAUUCUGGCACUUGUUCUCCCUACCGUCGUGAAGUCUUUCUACGCAGGCUCGAAAUCCUAUGAGGGCGCUGCUCCUCUGUGGAUAGGGUCCGCAUUUCGACUGGGGCUAUUUUUGGUCGCUGUCUUUUGGAUGCUUGACAGUGCCGACGAUGGCGAAUGGCUGCCCUUGAGCAAGGAAACGUUGAAGUCGAGUCGGGUGUUCCUUGCCCAGCUCGUCCUCGCGCUGGCUUUCAUUGCUGGCACGACGGCGUUUAUCUACUCGAAGCCGUGCAUCAGCAUCGACGUGAGCCAGGGCGGCAAUAACGAGCCCGAUGCAAAGGGCAAGCCAUCCCCUUCCUCGUCAGCGGGCCGAACGACAGUCACGAUUCUGGGCUUCGGCAACGUCUACGGCACGCGGUACUUCCUCCUUGUCGUCAACUUCUGCCUGGGCAUCAUCCUCAUGCAGAAGCCCAUGGGCCAGGGCGCGAUGGGACUCUUGCUCUGGCAGAUUCUGUCUCUCCUCGAGAUCCUCGACACCAAUGCCCUGGUGAGCAGCAACUCGUCGAUCGGGCCGAUCGUGCUGGGCGUUCUGGGCUCCUUCUACUAUUUCAAGACGGGCCACCAGGCCACGUUGAGCAGCAUCCAAUGGGAAUCCGCCUUCAUCCCGCUGUCUUCGGUGCAGUACCCCUGGUCCCCGAUCUUCGUCGUCCUCAACACCUUCGGGCCUCAGAUCCUGACGGCCAUCGCGGUGCCCCUGACCGUCCUCUGGAAGCGGCCCUUGCAGCUCAGCGAGGAGGCCACCUCCACCAGCAAGGCCAGCAACCCGGCGAUCCGUGUUCUGUCGGACGCGAUUCAGGCCACGAGCACCUAUAUCCUGUACUUUGCGACGAUCAAUCUGGCCACCACGAUGUGGGCCGGCCAUCUGCGCCGGCACCUUAUGCUGUACCGGAUUUUCAGUCCCCGCUUCAUGCUGGGAGCGGCUGUCCUGGGCGUGGUCGAUCUCGUUCUCAUCUUGUUCUCGGUGGCUGGUGUGCGGUGGAGCAUCCUCAGCGUUGGCGAUAUCUUCGGGUGGUAGCGCUGUCUGGCUUUCCAAUCAGCAGCUAGCCCGGCUUUGGGCGGAUUCUUUCCCCCUCUGGUUCAGCUUGACUGUUCUUACUUCGGCGCCUUCAUCUUGUCGGGAUUGUGUAGACGGUGGUCUCAGGCUUGUAGAGUCAAUUUGAACUUGCAUACUAUUCGGGUUUGGGGAACCCAUUUGGGCAAACGAACAGAUAGGUUUGCGG